AAUCUCACAUGUGUUAUGAAUAAUUCUAAAAAUGAAUGUCGUCACAACUUUACCCAGAAGGCAUUUGACUAUUGCAGCAACAUGGAGACCUGUCGUCUGCGUUUGGACAACUACGCUAUAUCUAUUAAGAAGUCCUGCUGCAAGAACUUGCACUGUCACGACCUAGAGUAUGAAUGCGUUCCAGCAUCAUGUAAAACGCCUCAAGCACCCGCUAAUGGUCAGGUUUAUGUCCCCAAAGCAGAUGACUGGAACAUCACUAUAUCUUAUUCAUGCAACAGGGACUUUUCAUUAGCGGGAGAACAAAAGAGGAGUUGUAUAAAAAAAGAGACCACAUACUAUUACCGUCAAUCGGAAUGGGAAUAUACAUGGACGGGAAAUCAACCAGUGUGUAAUAUUGACACUUCGUUUUGCCGUUCGACAACAAACAGACAGGAAGUAUAUAGACAUAUAUGCUAUGAAUUUAUUGAGGACCAGGCUUAUAGUUAUGACGCUGCAAAGAAAAAAUGCAAAGACCAACAGUCUACAAUGGCGGUGAUUUCCAGCAUCGAGAUUCUAAAACUAGUGCAGAGACACUUAGAUGUGACACAACGAGAACGAAAUAAAUAUUGGGUAAUAGCGGACCGAACAUAUCUACCGAAGUUCAACGAAAGUUGGUGUGUCAAGGCUGAAUUAAAAAAAGGAUGGUGGAGUACACGUGUAGAGCUUAAAUACUUUAGACCAUUGCUUGGUGAAACUGGAUGUGAGAGGCAAAGAUAUGGUGUUGUGUGCCAGUACGAACCACUAAACGCAACCAGUUGUCGCAAACUGGAGGCUCCGAGAUUCGGUUACAUUUCGGGACAAAGCAGAACGGUGGGCAGUCGUGUUGUUCUUGGAUGUAUUCCGGGCUACGUACCUACACAGGCUAUUGGAGGUUCCUACCAAACUGCUUUCGUUAGACAAUGUCUACCGAGUGGUGCUUGGAGUGGUGACUCACCUCAAUGUAAACUUGCGCCAGAGACUACCCCAGGAUCAACGAUGGUUACCGCAGCAACAACACCACAAAGUGGAACCAUUCGUAUACAUUCUACAGCCGCUCCAACACCAGGGAUACCCACUACUCCGUCGGUACCUCGCAAUACUUCAACAUGUGAGUUGUCUAGAAGAAAUGCCCCACUCGCAAUCUAUAUGAAGUGCCCCACGCACAUGAUGGUUCAGGUGGAUUCUGCAUUCAUUUAUGCAAAUGACACUGUUCCCUGUGUGACGAGAAACAAACAUUGUACAUUCGAUAUCCUAAGUAUUGCAAACACGACAUGCGCUUCAAAAAAGGUCUGUAGGGUGGAAACUGGUCCCAUUUCCAAGAAGAACAAGGGGUUGUGUUGCCGUGAUUUAACCUGUCAUAGCGUGACAUAUCAUUGUGUUCCAGCGAGAUGUCCAGAACCAUCUAAACCUAAUAAUGGUACAGUGGUCACGUCUCCACCUUCCAAAUCAUUUGUACGUUCCUGGGAAGAGCAAGCCAAAUAUACGUGUGAUAAGGACUUCACCCUCACAGGACCAAGGACCCGAAAGUGUUCGCGAUACAGAAAAUAUGUGUACUUUGAUAAUGAUGAAUAUUAUUAUAACUGGAACGGCAAGAUUCCCGUUUGCACUAUUGAUUCCUCGUUGUGUAAGGCCACAACAAAUAAAUUGGAGGUCUAUGGAAAUACGUGUUACCAGUUUUUCGAAGCCCAGACCCAUAGUUACACUCAGGCAGAAUCAGCAUGCAAGGCUUUGGAUGGUUGGGAGUUUGCUGUCGUUUCAAAUGAAGCGAUAUUGGAUAUAAUCAACAGUCAUAUGAAUGCUCGGUAUCGUAGCUCUCAGCGAUAUUGGUUAAAAGUUGAUAAAAAUUAUAAAAAGGGUGUUAACGAUUCAUUAUGUGCCUACGCCCAUGUUUACGUCCCCACUUACAGCAGUCCAUACACUCGAAUUCGAUACUUCAGUUCAGAAAAAGGCAACGACUGUAACAACAAAUAUGGACACAUCUGCCAGUAUAGACCGACAACCCGGAAUACAUGUCCAGACAUUAAAGUUCCAAAUGGCUUUGCGCAUAUGAAGAGUAGAGCCGUAGACAGUGUCGCUACAUUGGGUUGUAAUCCAGGUUGGAUUGCAACACCACGGCGAGAUGACUACACCCGAGUAUGCAUGAAGAAUGGUAUGUGGAGUGGCAUUACACCCUACUGUGAAGCAAACCUCACAGAUACAUCGUGCAGCAGAACCGACUACGGUGACAAGAAUGUGUUUAGUCUCGAGUGCGACUUUAAGUCAAUGGUGAAGAUAGAUCGAGCUACUUUGUAUCCAAACUCAACGGACGCGUGUACUAGAACAAACCAAGACUGUACACUUAACAUCACUGAACUUGCUAUUAGAAAUUGCAAACACCAGCAGAAAUGCCAACUUUCGUUGAAUAGCUAUGCAAAACAGAAUAAGAAAACAUGUUGCGCCCCUCUGGUUUGUCACAACAUAGCGUACCAUUGCGUACCAGGAAAGUGUGAUGUUCCACAGCCACCAACUAACGGAAAAGUUACGACGGAAUUUAAUGCUGAUCCACUAUCUGACCUAUCAGAUAGUUGGAAGGCAGCAGCAACAUAUACAUGUGACAUAAACUUUAGUUUGUAUGGCAAUUCUGUCAGAAAGUGUGAACAGAGACAAAAAAGACAAAUGUCAAGUCUCUUCGUAGACGGUGGCUUUGAGUACACAUGGGAAAGACGGACCCCUGCUUGUAACGUUGACGAAACAUUGUGUCCAGCGACUGCAUUUAAAAAGGAGACACUCGGUCGUAUGUGCUAUGAAUUUCACGACGAUCAGCAGAAAACGUUCCAAAAUGCUAAAGAGGCUUGUGAGAGUAGGAGAUGGAAACUUGCAACGGUAAUUAAUGCAGACACUCUUCGUCUCAUACGGCAUCACAUGGAUUAUGAGUAUAGAUCAAAUUACAAGUACUGGGUAAACGUUGAUCCGAAGUUUUCUGAUUCAUUCGACACAGCUUGGUGUACGUAUGCGUAUUUCGCUCCACCACGUGGAGCCAUUGGAUAUUAUGACCCAAAGAAAAACGAUGGUCGAUGUUCAAAUAAAUACGGAUAUAUUUGUGAAUACGAAGCACUGAAAGCGACAUCUUGUGAUGCUCUCGUCACACCAAGAAACGCUUAUAGAACAGGUACAAGUCGAGCAGUUGGGAGCACCGUAACGUUCAGGUGCUUCCCCGGAUAUACUCCCUUCCCAUUCAGAUCAUCAAGGACUUACACAAGACAGUGUCUCGACAAUGGAGAAUGGGAUGGUGUCACCCCCUUUUGUCGAAUUAUCCCCAUACUACCAACAACACCAUCCAGGCCUGCCGAAACCACUACUACACCAGUUCCUACUACUACAAUGCCAAUGUUUGAAACACGCAAAGGGGCAAACGAGAGUUCCUGUGCUAAGGACUAUUGGGGAGACAAGCCGACAUUCUAUUUGAGAUGUCCAGAAGGGUUUAUGAUUAUAGUCACAAACGCGAUUUUACAUCCCGAGAGGACUAGUAAAUCAUGUGACGUUCAAAACACUCCAGAUUGUACACACAAUUUUACUGAGAGGGCUGCUGCAAACUGUGAGUAUACAGAAGUUUGCCGGAUGCCAUUGCAUAGCUACAUUGGCGAGAAUAAAGGAAGUUGCUGUGAAGAAAUCUGGUGUCAUGAAGUUGAUUAUUAUUGCGUUGAAGCAAAAUGCAGAGACCCACCAGCUCCCCUGAAUGGCACCGUUGUGACAAGAACACCUCCCAAAAUUGAAGGCGAGCCUCUUAACUCAUGGGAUCAGAAUGGUCUAGCUAUGUACACAUGUGACAAAAAAUUUGAGUUAGUUGGCCAAGACACCAG